AUGGCUCAAAGGGGCGCGUUUGGUUGCAGUCGCUGGGAAGAGGAGGAUGCCGCGGUCGGCGCCCAUGGCCAUGGCGGUGCGCAGAGUAUUCUGGCUCUUUGGAAGCCCGGCGCUCAAGGCAACAAUUUCCUCGACCGGGGUGAAUUUCUUUUCACGUAAGCGUAUGGCUCUUCGAUUGAGAGCUCGUCGAAGGGGUUCAUGGAGUGUUUUACGUUGGCGGUUUGGACGGCGGUUUGCGUGCGGUUUACGCGCGGUUUGACUUGGAAUACGUCAGGCUGGGAAGACAGAUAAACGAGGACAUCAAGGCAGGAAAUUUUAUAGAAUGCGCAUAGAGUGCGGCAUUUAGGCAAGUUUUUUACAAGCAGGAAUGGAGUCGAGGCUUACCGCGUAGUCAAUGACCCGCUUGACGGGGAUCAAUAUCCUGAAGCCAGACCUCUCGACGUUCGGAGUCCCGUGGAGGUCACUUCGCAGGGGAG